AUGUCUCUCACCAAAGCACCCCAGCUCAAAGUUCUUGUCAAUGGCGCUGGCAUUGCAGGAUCAACCUUCGCCUACUGGCUCACCAGAACAGGUCUCAAUGCCUCCAUCACUGUUCUAGAACGCUCGCCAUUCCCUCGCCCCACCGGCCAGUCCAUCGAGAUUCGCGGUCCAGCCAUCUCCAUCGUCGAGAAGAUGGGCCUGCUGCCAAGCGUACUUGCACGCAACACCACAGAAGAGGGCACACGCCUGAUCAACGCACAAAGUAAGAUCGUCGCCGAGUUCGGAAAAGGCGGCUUCACAUCCGAGUAUGAGAUCUUACGAUCAGAUCUCUGCGGCCUAUUCUUGGAUGCGUCAAAGGGAAUGAAGAACGUAAACUACGUGUACGGCGACUACGUCACAGCGGUACAGCAAACAGACCAGACGGUGGAUGUGACCUUCAACAGUGGAGCCAGAGAUAGCUUCGACCUCAUCGUCGGUGCAGACGGCUCCGCAUCACGAACACGAACCCUGAUCCUCGAUGAACAGACACGAAAGGGAAGUUACAACUUCAUCGGGCAAUACAUCGCGUACUUCAGCAUCCCCCGCAUCGAGUCGGACACGAAGCACUGGUAUUGGUACAACGCACCAAAAGGCCGAGGCUUGAUGAUGCGACCGCAUCGUAACGGAAAAACAAUUGGAUGCUACGUGGUCGUCACAACGCCAGCACAUGACCACUACGAUGCGCUCGCCGAAGCAGCGUUGGAAAGCGGUCCUGAGAAGCAGAAGGAGCUUCUUCGUAUAUAUUUCUGCGAUGCGGGCUGGCAGGCUGAGAGGAUUCUUGCUGGUAUGGACGAGUGCGACGACUUCUAUAUGAGCCGCUCGGCGUAUGUCAAGCUUCCUACUUGGACGAAUAAUCGCGCUGUACUUAUUGGCGAUGCCGCCCACGCCACAUUUGGUGUUGGCACUUCGCUCGCCGUCGAAGGCGCAUACUUCCUCGCAGGCGAGCUCGGCAAGAUCAAGCACAGCAACGACAUUCCGGCUGCGCUCAAGCGCUACGAAGCGACGUACCGUAAGGUGCAAGGUGAUGGUGCAGACUUACCGCCUGGCUUCCCUCAGUUUGCUUUUCCGCAGACAGCAUUGGCAAUAAAAGUACGCGACGCGCUCGCGUGGGUGUUCUGCAAGACGAAAGCUCACAAGCUACUACCGGGUGACAAGCCGGAUGAUUCGAAGCUGCCGCCGUACGAAUGGGUCGCGGUGUGA